AUAGAGCCAGAUUUAGAAGCAAUACUUAACCAAUUUGAUGAUGCAUCAGGUUCAGAAGAUGAAGAUGUUUUCAGUAACAUGAAAAAAGAGUUGAAAAAAAUGCAGCUUCCUGGUGUUGAAAAGUUAAAUCCAGAUGAUUUUAUUGUGGAAGAAGAAUAUGAGGAUGAUGAUGAUCUGAGCCAGGAUGAAGCAGAUGAUUUAUCUGAUGCUGGUUCUGAUUUAAGUGAAACAUCAAGUCCAGAUAAUUCUACUCAGAAACAAAAGAGUUGUCCAAAAUAUAUGGUCAAGAAAUUGGAAGAGUAUGAUGAUUUUUUUUCUUCUUUGGAGGAAAAUAGUUCAGAAAACUUAAAUACUGCCAAAGGAAAAAUAGAAAAGAAAAUGGAAGAGUAUGAAGAAGACCAAAUUGGGCCUUUAGAGGAUGAAGAGAUCUUUGGCUAUCUCACUGGUGAAAAUGAACAUAUUGAUUACUAUCUAGGAAAAAAGAAACUACGAGAGGAAGAUAUUGAAAUAGGAAAAUGUGAUGAUACAUUAAGAGAAAAAAUUCUGAAGUACUCUGAGGAGGAUCAUGUUGAAAAACUAAUUGAAAUUGUCACUGAACAUCCUGUUGAAUUCGACUGUGAAUCUAUUAUAAGUACAUAUUCUAACAAAUAUAAUCAUCCAUCGAUAAUUAGGGAAGAAGGAAAGGUAAAUUUCUUGUAUUUUAUUUACUUUUUUUCCUUCUAAAUAAUAGUAACUUCU